UCCUCACCUCCCUCUCGCCGCCUGCCCUCGCUCCAGACGGCCGGCAGCCCAGAACACCUUCCACCAUGGCCACCUCAACAAGUUCCCACUUGAACAAAGGCGUCAAGCGGAUGUACAUGGCUCUGCCUCAGGGCGAUAAAGUCCAAGCCAUGUAUAUCUGGAUCGAUGGCACUGGCGAAGGGCUCCGCUGCAAAACCCGAACCCUGGACUGUGAGCCCAAGUGUGUGGAAGAGUUGCCCGAGUGGAAUUUUGACGGCUCCAGCACGUUCCAGUCUGAAGGCUCCAACAGUGACAUGUAUCUCAUCCCUGUUGCCAUGUUCCGGGACCCGUUCCGCAGGGACCCUAACAAGCUGGUGUUCUGUGAAGUCUUUAAGGACAACCGAAAGCCUGCAGAGACCAACUUAAGGCACACCUGUAAACGGAUUAUGGACAUGGUGACCAGCCAACACCCCUGGUUUGGAAUGGAGCAGGAGUACACCCUCAUGGGGACAGAGGGGCACCCCUUUGGUUGGCCUUCCAAUGGCUUUCCUGGACCCCAAGGUCCGUAUUAUUGCGGUGUGGGGGCAGACAAAGCCUACGGCAGGGACAUUGUGGAGGCUCUCUACCGGGCGUGCUUGUAAGCUGGCAUCAGGAUUGGCGGGACGAAUGCCGAGGUCAUGCCUGCCCAGUGGGAGUUCCAGAUAGGACCCUGUGAAGGAAUCGACAUGGGGGGUCACCUCUGGGUGGCCCGCUUCAUCCUGCACCGUGUGUGUGAAGACUUUGGAGUGAUAGCAACCUUUGAUCCUAAGCCCAUCCCUGGAAACUGGAAUGGUGCAGGCUGUCAUACCAACUUCAGCACCAAGGCCAGGCGGGAAGAAAAUGGUCUGAAGUACAUUGAGGAGUCCAUCGAGAGGCUAAGCAAGCGGCACCAAUACCACAUCCGGGCCUACGACCCCAAAGGGGGCUUGGACAACACCCGACACCUCACGGGAUUCCACGAAACCUCCAACAUCAACGACUUUUCCGCCGGCGUGGCCAACCGAGGCGCCAGCAUCCGCAUUCCUCGGAUCACCGGCCAGGAGAAGAAGGGCUACUUUGAAGACCGCCGCCCCUCCGCCAACUGUGACCCCUUCGCGGUGACCGAAGCCCUCAUCCGCACGUGUCUUCUCAACGAGACCGGCGAGGAGCCCUUCCAGUAUAAAAACUAAGCGGACUAGACCUCCAGCCAAGCCCCUCCCAGCUCUUCACCCCACACCCAUGUUCCCCCUCUGCCACUCGUUCCUGCUAGCUGUAACUCAGAAGACAGAAUAUCAAGGUCUUUUUUAUUCCUUGUGCCCAAUUCAUAACAUUGUCUUUUUGGGGCCCAGGGUGGGGGUGUCACUUUCUUACUCUCUUCACACCCACCUCCCUUUUCUCUCUCUGUCUCAAGCUUUCUGGAAGACUGGGGAGUAGUGUGUUAGUGGGGCCAGGGCCGGGAAUCCAUAACCACUGCUUCCAUUAAUCAGGUGUAUUUUUCCAGUAGGCCUAGCUACCCUCCAGACUUCUUUGAGGUGGCUGGAAUCGGGGAUAGGGCCUGACGUGUUCUGUGGUUAGGUCAGGAUUUCCUGCUUCUGGUGGGAAAUCUCAUUUCUUAAAAAGAAUAUAACCAGCGUUACAUUAAAAGUGGGGAUGUUUCUGAGAGGGAGGGGAAGGGCCAGGAAAGAAAUGUCCUUGGUCACACCUUCCUUGCUUAGGGCAAACAACCUUGGCCUAAAGAUGACACUCGGAAUAAAGUGACUAUUACCCCC